CAGGGGGCGCGCUGCCCCCCACGAGGAGCUGUCGGUGUUUUUAUUUCUCCAGGAAGAAACAUUUCGGUUGAGCUCAGCUAGUGACCCUCCUGCAGCGAGUAAAGGUUAAAUAUCGUCUCUGUCUGAACAUUUAGAUGCGCGUUUCAACUCGUCGUCUAAACCCACAAAUAGCCAAGUCGUGCAAAGUUUAAAAAGAUACGUAUUUCCGGCUUGAACUCGUAGUCUCUCUGCACGUUAGCUUCCUUGUUGCUAAGCUAAAGCUAGCUGCAGUUUUGUUUUCCAGCUAACCUGAGCGGCGAGGUUUGGCUGUGAUGGCUGACUUCAGCAGCAGCAUCCUGAUGUUUUCUGAACAUCCGGCGGUCGGAGCCGGGCCUGCAGGAAGAGCUACGUCAUCGUCAGGCGUGUCAGGAAAUGCAGGCUGGGACGGUUCAGGCGGGAUGGACCAGAUAACCGUGGUGAGAAUAGAUGACACACACAUCGCAGAGGAGCAGUCUCAUGUCGGGGUCAAGGUCAAAGACGCCGCCGCAGAGUACUAUGAGAUGGAGUACUCGAUACCUGCGGAGGAGGAGGUGGCGGCGGCGGCGGCGGCGGCUGCGGGAGAGGAGGAGGAAGACGGUGUUUAUGUCAUCGAGUAUUCAAAUCCGGAAGAGGAGGGAGAGAGCUACCAGUUUACGAUGUCCGUGGACAGAUCGCUCCCGGCCAAAAAGCCAGUAACUAAAAAUCUUGUGGUCGGAGAGGACGCCAGAGCUCCUUCGCCUGUGACGUCCAAACCGCUCAGGCCGGCGAGGCCGAGACAGGAGGCGAGGCAGAAGAAGAAGCUGGAGGCUAAAAAGGAGGAAGUUCUGAGCAAUAAGUGUGUGUUGGAGCUCGGAGAGAACUACAGCGACGUGAUGGAGAUGAAUUCAGGUAAAAGACUGGUGUGCUCGCUGUGCCCGCCGCCCGGCAGGUUCUUCAAGAGAGGCUCAGGUUUGGCCGUACAUUUAAAACAAAUGCACCAGUUGAUGGGGAAGAAGACGUUCUUCUGCGCGUCGUGCAAACAAACGGUUCGCUCUCAGAUCGAGCUGGACGCCCACACGCGACGCCACGCCAACCAGGACGCGGUGUUCACCUGCCUCCUCUGCUCGGCGGAGGCGGAAAACAAAACGGACGCGGACAAGGCGGUGUUCAAAGGCUCGAGGUGGGGUCUGAAGAGGCACCUGGAGACCGAGCACCCGGGCGUCAUCCCACGCUGCGACAUCUGUAAUAAAGGCUUCAAGACGCUCGUGUCGUACCUGGCCGACCAGUUCAGGCACGUCGGCGUGUCGCCCUACCACUGCGCCAAGUGUCAGAUCUAUGAGAUGACAGAGAGGGGUCUGACUAUUCACAUCAAAAACCACGACAAGAAGAAGCAGCAGCAGCAGCAGCAGCAGCAGCAGGGGUCUGCUGAAAACCACCUGCAGACGCCUGCAGUCCCCGCCGGCGCUGAUAACUCCGCCACCGACGACUCUGACUUCUGACACGUUUCGUCUUUCCAAAAUCAUUUUUAGACUAAAGCAGCUCGGUGACCUCCUCUCUGUCAGGUGGACGUCUGACAUUUAUGCAUCUUUGACGAAACUGAACUGAACUUUUGUUUGUUUUUUGUAAAUGUAUCAAAUUUAGGAAACCUGGUUUUGUAAUUUCACAACUUGCCUCAAGUUGUUCAUAACUGUGGUGCCAUCUGGUGGAGUCUCAGUGUCAUGUGUGGAGUAAAUACAGUUUGGUGACAUCGCGCUCGGUAGGGAAUUGAUCAUCACCUGGGGUCUUAUUUAUGUAUGUUUGGCCAUCAAGCCUGUUGGAUAUGUUGAUUUCUUUUAUUUAAAGGAAUAUUUUGCAAAUGUGCUUUCUUGCUGAGAGUUUGACGAUCAGCACCUCUCUAAUGUCUGUACAGUAAAUAUGAAGUUGGAGCCAGUUAGCUUAGCACAAAGACUGGAAACGGGGGGAAACAGAUAGCCUACCAGCACAUCUAAAAGCUGGGGUACACUAGAAAAGCCAUCUGACAAGCGGGUCUGAAGUUAAUGAAUUAACACGUUAUGUCUUGUUUGUUUAAUCCAGACACUAACCGAAGGAGGGUCGAUCCGUUUUCAUCCUGCAGCUUCACAGCAGCAUUACGGAGUGAGGAUGUUUACCUGCAGGCAGCAGCAGGCAUGUAAUUAUACUCUUAGGAGUAGUAAUUAUCCUGCCAUCAAAUACAUCUUGUAGGUGCUGGUUUCUUCCAAUACAUGAGGAAGAAAACGAUGAUCCCAGUAAGAAGAUUAAGUAUCUGCCGCCGUAAUUAUUUGAAAACAUAUACAUGAUGAAAACAAAAAUGGACGCCCACGUAAGCAGCAAUGCCAGUUUUGUUUUCAUGCUAAAACGUGUUUUUCUUUAAUACUGACAUUUUCCUAAGUGUAACGCAGCUUUUAAAGUUUGAUGAAGGAGCAGACAGCGGCCGGAGCCACCAGGAGCCGCCCACAUGGCUCUUCAGAAACCUAUAUGAGCUGCAGAACUCAUAAUUAUGAUGCUUUUUCUGCAGUAAAAUGUUUGAAGCUUUUUAUCAGCACUUUUACCUAAUAACCCUGACAGAAUUAUUUUCUAACUAGCCCUCAGUUUUAACUGCAGCGACACAAUGAGGAUAACGGAGAACACGACACAGAAGAGAACCAGAUGUUCGCUGUGAUGGAUCAGUUUGUGCUGAUUUCAUAGAAUUUAACUGAAGAGGUUAAAAUAAUGUGUGGUCUCUGUCAGAAAAGCAAGGAGCACUUGAUUUGUAAUAAACGCACCAGAAGAGCCAGGUUAUUGUUUUCCUCUAGAGCCUGCAUGCAUGUAAACGCCCUCACUGUGAAUUUAAAAUGUAUCACAGAAACUUUACAUCUCUCAUCUUGAGACACUGAUGAAGAUUGUUUGAUAUGAUUGAAAGCUCCAGAACAGCUUCUAAAUUGCUUUGAGAUUGUUUUGCCAAAUCCCUAAAUCCAAUCUGUUAAAAAAAAUACAAUGUACAAUUGUGAAACUGAUGUAGAAACUUUACUAGAAAAUAUUUAGAAAAGUAAAACAUUGAUUAUUAAGCUCAUCAGGAAAAAUAAACUACAUUUAACAUUUUUUUUCUAACCUUUAAUGACUAUUUAAAUUGUUUAUGAAGUAAAAAAAAAACAUUUUUUUACACUAUAAAGGCAAGAAGAUUCAACUAAUUAACCAAAAAGUAAUGAAAGUGAAAGUAUUUGUUACAGCAGCAGUAUUUCCCAAACUUUUUAAUUGUGACUCAACAAUUUAUUUACAUUAUUUACAGUUUAUAACAAUCUUGGUGUGAUCGUGCGCUAAAGAGGUGAUUGUUUAAUUUGAAUAAUUUUUUAGAGAAGUGAAAGUUUUCAGUAUUACACAAGAAAAACACAAACAUUUGAAAUAAUGCUCAGACUAUGUGUUUUUCUUUGUUUAUUACGUUGUGGCCCUUCAGAUUUAAAUCUGGACCUUAUUAGGGGUCUAAACCUGCAGAUUGAGAACCAGGUUGAGGCAGUGUGUGGACAUGUUUUCUCACUCAUUAUGUUUAACAGGAAGUGUGACGACACAUUUUCAGAAUAAAUCUGCAUCAUAUAAACAGUUAAACACUGUUAAAGUUAUAACGUUUAUGAAUUAAUUUUCAAUAGAUGGGAUUAAAUGCAUGACUUUGUUGUUAAAUAGAGGCAGUAAAGGAAUGAAACACUUUAUUUUACACUCAAAUAUAAAUCAUGAAUAUUCUACCGUUGGAGGAUGAAACAAGUAUUAAAAGGUGCUAAAAUCACUAAAAUAUCAACUAGGUUUGGUGCAUAAACACAGAAGAACUGUCUUUAUUAAACAUUUACAAGUGAGUGUGAGUUUUUAGUUUUGAAAAUUAAAAUAUGUUACAUGUUUGAAAUUAUCAUCUCGGUAACGUGUAUUUUUGUUUUGUUUUUUUAUUCUUUGCUGUAGCUGCUUGUCUCUAAACUUUAUCCUUAUGUCUUUUUCAUUUUGUUUUCUGACAUUAAAGGGAAACGCCACUGA